UCUAGAUUUUGCUUCCGUAGAGGCAACCCGUACCUUGAAUUUUGAAAUAUUAAUUUAGGUAAAUUCAGUGUUGCUGCGAAUUUUAAUUGUGUAGCGGAUUUUUGCUGAUCAGAGACUCCAGUUUCAACCGACACCAUGAACCAAGCAGCCGCACCCAUGGAGCCACCAAUCUUCACCACGACCCUCACCAUCUCUUCAAAAUCUCCCCUCUACACCCGCACGGAGAAGAUUGACCUCAUCAAUAAGGAACUGCUUGAAGAACUGACUAUCAAAGCAAUAGACCCCAACCAUGAGUUCAGUCAUGCCCAAGACAUGAUCGCUCUCCUUGGAGACAUCAAACAGUAUGAAGAGUCCAUCAUUCUCAGCAAGGUUAUCACAAUCAUUGACAGAGGUGUACAACGGAUGAAGAACUCAGGUCGUCCUUUCGGGAUUGAGAUAUCAGAACUGACAAAGCUUCGAGAAGAGCUAAUGAAGCAUCUGUCUGAGCGUCAGGAUAUGUGCAUGGAGACUCGCAGGAUCUGCCAGGAGGUGACCAGGGAGACCAGUAACCAACGCUUGCGCUUGGAGAUACAGCUCAAGAGAGUUGAACAACCGGCUAUCCAAAUGUAAACUAUUUGGAAACUGCAUAAUAUUGAGUAGAAGACUUAUCAUUUGUCAUU